AUGUCUUCGGAUGGACUCAAUCGACGUAAAAGAGUUGUCAAUAGGAAUGGCGACACAAAUGAGGAGAACGUGUCGUCUCGAGUGGUGUCACAAGAAGUGUCGCCCGGAAGCACACAAAACCAGAGUAUUAUAAAGCGAGUGAUGAGUCUAAUGGCACUCUCGGUGGUUAUCCUUGCGAUGGUUUACUACUACACGACUAAAUAUUGGGAAUAUCGGCCCAAACACCAUCCCUGGGACCCACAACCAGGGGCUGCGGGUUGGCUUCAAAGGCACGAGGCUUUGGUGAACCAAACUCUUCAGCAUAAGACCGAAGAACAGAUGGUGUUUGUCGGCGAUUCAAUCACUGAGUUCUGGGGUCGCAAUGGAAAGGCUGUUUGGGCCAAAUACUAUACCCCUCGACACGCUUUCAAUUACGGCAUCGGUGGCGAUCAGACUCAACACGUGAUCUACAGAAUUCAAAACAAUGAAUUUAAUGGAGUCGACCCCAGAGUCACUAUUCUCAUGAUUGGCUUAAACAAUGCCGGCGCCAAUACGGUUGAGGACAUCGCGCAUGGAGUUAACGAAACGGUGAAGCAAUUGUUGGGCAAAAUGCCAAACACUAAGAUUAUUCUGUUGGGAAUAGUGCCCAGACCUGAGCCAUUGGGUGCUAAAGUGAAACAAGUCAAUGAAUUGAUCGCGAAAUUGAAUAACGAUAAAAACGUCUUCUUCCUGGACAUGUGGUCAGCCUAUGGGACGGAUGGCAAACAACACACAGAGCUCUACCUGAACGACAAACUACAUCUCAAUGAGAGGGGUUAUGAGGAUGGAUUCAAUCGACGUAAAAGAGUUGUCAAUAGGAAUGGCGACACAAAUGAGGAUAACGUGUCGUCUCGAGUGGUGUCUCAAGAAGUGUCGCCCGAAAGCACUCAAAACCAGAGUAUUAUGAAGAGAGUGAUGAGUCUAAUGGCACUCUCGAUGGCUAUUCUUGCGAUGGUUUACUACUACACGACUCAAUCAAAUGACACCAAAGAACUAGUGAUGGCUUCCGUCACUCAAUCCAUAAGGGGUUCACCGAUCGCACGACAAGUGAUGUGUUCUCAAGACUAUACCGAAGACAGAGUUCGGUUCCCGUCUUGCGGUCCUCAAAGAUGCGGACGUUUUGUGUCCGAUUCGGUGGUCACGGAAACGGAUGCCAAACACUUGUUGUCAGUGGCGAAGAGAGGCCUAUCAUUGGGCGGCUCUUCGGGUGGCGCCUCUAUCCUCGACUUACAUGCGGGCCUUCUGUCAAUGGAAACGAAUUACGUGAAUAUCUAUAAACUCAUUGAACGUCGACAACAAAAUGAAGAGGUGUUCACCGAAAAAGACGUAGAAGUCUACAGAAAGGUAACGAACAAAGUCCGCAAAACGAUUGCAAAUCAUUUUGGCGUCCCUUCUGGUCAGCUGUACUUAACUGAUCCGACGUUCUUCGCGAGAAAGACUCCAAAGAGAGCCCAAACCAAAGAGGAAAAGUAUUGGGUCCGACACGUCGACAAACGCAAUGUUAAGUGCUAUUCCUUCAGUUCAUUGUUGUAUUUGUCGACAUAUGGCGCGGACUUCACGGGCGGACGCUUUAUAUUCACGGACCAGAUAUCGAACCAAACUAUUGAGCCUAAGUUGGGACGUCUGGCGGCGUUCACAUCGGGCUCAGAGAACGAGCACUCCGUCGAGAGGGUCACCUCUGGGCACCGGUAUUCUCUGCUUAUGGCGUUCACCUGUAAUCCUAAGUGCGCUGCCAAUAACCCACAGAUG